GUGAACGCAGUGGAGAGCCCAUUGCGGCGAAGAGCGGCCUGUGGCGUGCGCAGGAAGCGUUUCUGGCUCAGACGCGCUCAGCCGUUCGGUCGGCGUCAGGUCGCCGCGUCGCGAAACGCCCAGACGGUCGGGAGAGCGAGGUGCUUGCAGCGAAGUGCAAAGCGGUACGCCGUCGAAGCGGCGCUGCCGAAGCAAGUCAACGCAAGCGUAAACAACCAUGGCCGACGUCAAGGCUAGACUGGAGCAGAUGCUCAAGGACGACCACGCUUCUGGGGGAGGCGGCGUCACCAAUGAACAACUAAAAGACGCGUUCGGCGACGAGUUCGACGACCUGCCGGCGAUUAUCAACGAGCUGAUUAACACGGACCGCAUGGAGUUGCUGCAGGGCGAGGGUAGGACGACGCUUGCGUACCAGUGGAUUCCGGAGGAUAGAGCUGCGAGACUAGGUGAGCUGACGAACGAACAGAGGUUAGUUCUACAAGUUGUUGAGAGAGCCGACACGUCCGGUGUGUGGUUACGAGAUAUUAAAUCCGCGACCUCCAUGCAGCAGCAAACUUUAAAUAAAGCUCUGAAAGUACUGGAAAGUAGGAAAUUAGUGAAGACGGUCCGCUCCGUGCAACAAAAGACCAAAAAACUCUACAUGGCCUACGACCUCGCACCGACGCGAGAAGUGAGUGGCGGGCCCUGGUACACGGAUCACGAAUUUGAUCAUGAAUUUGUAUCUGCGAUAAAGACAGUUGUGGUUUCUUGUGUGAAAGCAUUGGGGAACUGUACGCUCGAAGAUAUCCACCAGGCGGUGCUAGGGACCAAGGUUUCUACCGUCCCGUUAAGUAUCUCGGACGUACAGACCGUCGUCGAAGCGUUGCUGGCCGACUCGCAGCUCGAGCGGUUGCACGCGUCGGAUGACGCGCGGUUCAAGGUGGCCAAGCCCUGCGUGAAUACGGACUGGGUCGCCGAGGUGCCGUCCGGGACGUGUCCGUGGCCGCGGUGCCGCGCGGAGAACGGUGGCACGUGCAACGCCGAGUCGUGCCUGUACCUGGACGCGUGGCUCGACGAGGCUAGCACCUAACUUGUAUGUUAUGUUUU